AUGGUGAUAAAGAUUUCUGACACUUCUGAAUCUGAAACUCGCCUCCAGAAUACUAACGGAUUGGCUUUUGGCAAGCCUAAACCAGUCCAAACCGUGACGGACCGACUGCUCAAGGCCAGCCAAGGGACAAGGCACGCCAUCUACACCUGCGUGCUCCGUGCCCGAGGCUCAGGUCAUAUUGUCAUAACACUAUCAUGGCCUCUCACCCGAGGAGUGGAAGUACCUAACACGAUAGUCAGAGGUACCAUCGGGAAUGUUAGUGAGUUUGUGGCGGACGAUGAUUGGGGACUAUGGUAUGAACAGUUCGAACAGUACUGUGAAAUCAAUGAGGUUCCUGUGGCCAAGCGUGUGCCGUUGUUCGUGACACUCCUUGGAAAAGAGGCGUACGGCCUGCUGCGGAAUUUGUGCUCGCCAGCGUUGCCGAAGGCACUGCCACUGGGUGAAUUGGCGCGCGUAAUGAAGGAACAUUUGCAGCCCACCCCGUGUGUCUUGGUCGAAUGCUACAAAUUUAAGGAGUACCGCCAGAGGCUGGAGGAAAACCUCAAGUCAUUCGUGGCCGGGUUAAAGAAGUUAUCAACCCAUUGUGAUUUUGGGCAGCAGCUAGAGGAUAAUCUGCGAGACCAACUCGUGUGGGGCCUGUCCAGCGAUACCAUCAAGAGAAGAUUGUUGGGUGAAAGAAGCUUGACCUUCGUCAGAGCGUGUGAUAUUGCGGCGUCCAUGGAGGCCGCAUGCCGAGAUGCAGCAGUGAUGCAGUCGGGGUCGGGGAGUGAUGCGCUGAAUUACGUCAGGGACAAGGGGGGCAGGAGUAUGAGUGUGCGAAAUGAUGAGCCGAGUGGAGCGGUUGUGUGUUUUUGUUGUGGUAGGGUCGGUCAUUGCAAGCCGGAGUGCCGAUUCAGAGAAUACAAAUGUAAAAAGUGUGGCAAAGUGGGACAUUUACAAGUGGUCUGUAGGCGUAAGGACAGGGAUGAGUUUAAAUGCAUGGAUGUAGGCGUUUUUCAACGCGAGACAGCGCACGAUGUGAUUUUAAGGCAGGUGCGACAAUACCUUAUACAAGGUUGGCCCAAAAAAGUGGUGGGGGGCCUCGAGCCAUACAAACAUAGGCACCUUGAACUAACGAGCGAGAACGGCUGUAUUUUCUGGGGACAUCGAGUGGUUGUCCCAGCGGCGUUGAGGGGCGAGGUUCUCAGGGAGCUCCAUAGCAUUCACUGGGGCAUUAUACAGUAUAAUGACCCACCACGUGCAACUUUGCACGUCUGGAAGUGGCCAGACGUACGGACUCAGCGCAUUCAUGUCGACUUUUGCGGCCCCAUCGACGGGUGCAUGUACAUUGUUAUUAUAGAUGCGUAUUCAAAGUGGGUAGAUGUACGGGAGUUAAGUUAUGUUACGGCAGCGACUACUAUCCGAGUGCUUAAGGAGUAUUUCGCUGUUUGGGGAUUACCGGAGGUGGUGGUGAGUGAUAAUGGCCCAACGCUUACAUCAGACGAAUUUCACUCUUUCUUAAGAAAUAAUAAUGUUGAGCACAUAAGGUCGGCACCGUACCAUCCGGCCUCAAAUGGUGCAGCGGAAAACGCGGUUAAAACGUUUAAGGAAAAAUUUAAGUUACUCGUUAAAACGAUGCCGCGUCAUGAUGCACUAUGUAAAUAUCUAUUCCACUAUUGCGCCACCCCACAUUGUACCACGGGCUGUUCACCGGCUCAACUCCAGCUCGGUCGAGAGCUCCGAACGCGGUUAGGGGCGAUAGACGCGUCCGUUAGAGUUAAAGUAAAAAGGGGACAGGACAGACAGAGGCAAUAUUGUAAGGGUAGCCACGAUCGACAAUUUAAUAAAGGCCAAAUAGUCAUGGCCAAGGAUAUUGUCGCGAAUCAGUGGCAAAAGGCCGAGAUAAUUAACAGAAAUGGUCAGGUGACUUAUGAUGUUAAAUUGAGCAACAAUCGAGUGUGGAAGCGACACAUCGAUCAAUUGCGCACAUGUCAAGAGACCUAA